UGGGUUUUUUUCUUUUUCUUUUAGGAGCUGGUGAAUCCGGAAAAAGCACAAUUGUGAAACAAAUGAAAAUUAUCCACGAAGCGGGAUAUUCCGAAGAAGAAUGUAAACAGUACAAAGCGGUUGUCUAUAGUAAUACCAUCCAGUCCAUUAUUGCUAUCAUAAGAGCUAUGGGGAGACUGAAAAUAGACUUUGGAGAUUCAGCCAGGGCUGACGAUGCACGCCUACUCUUUGUCCUUGCUGGGGCGGCAGAAGAAGGUUUUAUGACGGGAGAACUCGCUGGGGUGAUCAAAAGAUUGUGGAAGGAUUCCGGAGUCCAUGCCUGUUUCAACCGAUCGAGAGAAUAUCAGCUUAACGACUCGGCUGCGUAGAUCAAACACAUACGAAGAAGCAGCUGCCUACAUCCAGUGCCAGUUUGAAGACCUAAACAAGAGAAGAGACACGAAGGAAAUCUACACCCACUUCACCUGUGCCACCGAUACCAAGAACGUUCAAUUCGUCUUUGACGCGGUCACCGAUGUCAUCAUAAAGAAUAAUUUGAAAGACUGCGGUUUAUUCUAAACAUAUACCAUAGAUAUCCAACUAUCCUUCUUUCUUUCUUUCUUUUUUUAAAAAAACCAAAUGUGCUUUUUUUUUCUAAAAAAAGAAGACCAUGAAUAAUUUUAGAGCUGGGGGGUUUAUUUAUUUUUAUUUAUAUAAUGCGAUAUAUAUAUAUAUUGUCCGUGAGUGGCCUUGGGUUCAGAAAGACAAUCCUGCUAGUUUUAUGUAGUAAGCCAUGCAUUCUAAGGACCAGAACGAUGGAGUCUUUCACUCUCUAAACCAUCAUUCUAUAUGUCCAUUGGACCAGUUGGAAUAAUUCCAAGCAACCAUGGGUACUGCUGGGAAGCAUUGACCAGAUAGUCAAUAUAGCCCCUGUGAACUACACAGUGGAAAUCCUUCAUCUUUGACAUGUGUAGCGUGUCAUAGAAGAGGCCAUGCUUUUAUGAUCUACUGUUCGAAACCCCGCUGGAGAUGCCUUGUCAAAUACCUUGAGUGUGUGUUGACUUUUGUCCAUCAGUGUUGGGUUUGUGAGUGGUGUGAGCUGCCAGCGGACAGCGGAUCUGGCAGCAGAUUCAGACAGUG